CUGGGCAGGUGUGGGCGGGCCGCGCCGACCCCGCGGAGCCUGGCCCGGAGAGCGGGCGGGAAACAGGAAGCUGGGGGAGGCGCAGCCGGACGGCGGGGAGGCCAGGCGUGCGGGCGGACGUGCGGGGGGCCAGCCGGCCGGACUCUCAGCCCUGCCCGGGCGGCAAUGUGGGGAGGCCCGGGCAGCCCCAGCAGCGGCGGAGGGGACAGGGGCGGAGCCGGGGGCUCGGGGGACACCGCUCCCCUGCGCCGGCGGAGCCGCCGCCCGAGCACAGAGCCGGGAGCCCGAGCCGGCUGCGGUGUGCGCGACCCCGAGGACGCGGCCAUGCCGGCGGGGGCCGAGGCGGGGGAGGCCGAGGAGGAGGCCGGGGCCGGCUCCGGGUCUGAGGCGGAGGAGGACGCGCUGUGGGAACGGAUCGAGGGCGUCCGGCACCGGCUGACUCGCGCCCUCAACCCGGCCAAACUGACGCCGUACCUGCGCCAGUGCCGGGUCAUCGACGAGCAGGACGAGGAGGAGGUGCUGAGCACCUACCGCUUCCCUUGCCGCAUCAACCGCACCGGGCGCCUGAUGGACAUCUUGCGCUGCCGAGGCAAGAGGGGCUACGAGGCCUUCCUGGAAGCCCUGGAGUUCUACUACCCCGAGCACUUCACGCUGCUCACCGGCCAAGAGCCCGCCCAGCGUUGCUCCAUGAUCCUCGAUGAGGAGGGGCCAGAGGGCCUGACCCAGUUCCUGAUGACCGAGGUGCGGCGGCUGCGGGAGGCUCGCAAGAGCCAGCUGCAGCGGGAGCAGCAGCUGCAGGCCCGGGGCCGGCUCCUGGAGGAGGAGCGGGCAAGGCUGGAGCAGAGGCUGCGGGAGCAGCAGCAGGCACAGGAGCGCUGCCAGCGGCUGCGGGAGGACUGGGAGGUGGGCAGCCUGGAGCUGCUGCGGCUCAAGGACGAGAACUACAUGAUUGCCAUGCGUCUGGCGCAGCUCAGCGAGGAGAAGAACUCUGCCAUCCUGCGCAGCCGUGACUUGCAGCUGGCGGUGGAUCAGCUGAAGCUCAAGGUGAGCCAGCUGGAGGAAGAGUGCACGCUGCUGCGCAGGGCCAGGGGGCCACUCCCCGGGGCCGAGGAGAAGGAGAAAGAGCCGGACAGCACGGACCUGGUCUCUGAGCUGCGGGCUGAGAACCAGCGGUUGACAGCGUCUCUGCAGGAGCUGCAGGAGGGCCGGCAGCAGGAGGCAAGCCAGCCGGGGGCCCCAGGCUCAGAGCGCAUCCUCUUGGACAUCCUGGAGCAUGACUGGCGGGAGGCGCAGGACAGCAGACAGGAGCUGUGCCAGAAGCUGCACGCUGUGCAGGGGGAGCUGCAGUGGGCCGAGGAGCUCCGGGACAAGUACCUACAGGAGAUGGAGGACCUGCGGCUGAAGCACCGCACGCUGCAGAAGGACUGCGACCUGUACAAGCACCGCAUGGCCACUGUGCUGGCCCAGCUGGAGGAGAUCGAGAAGGAGCGGGACCAGGCCAUCCAGAGCCGAGACCGUAUCCAGCUGCAGUACUCCCAGAGCCUCAUUGAGAAGGACCAGUACCGCAAGCAGGUGCGGGGCCUGGAGGCUGAGCGGGACGAGCUGCUGACCACGCUCACCAGCCUGGAGGGCACCAAGGCCCUGCUGGAGGCACAGCUGCAGCGGGCUCAGGGCGGCUCCUGUCUCAAGGCCUGCGCCUCCUCCCAUUCCCUGUGCUCCAACCUCAGCAGCACCUGGAGCCUGAGUGAGUUUCCUUCCCCACUGGGAGGCCCAGAAGCAGCCGGGGAGGCCGCUGCCACGGGGGCACCUGAGCCCCACACCUCGGAGGAGGCCACAGACAGCGAGAAGGAGAUCAACCGGCUUUCCAUCCUGCCCUUCCCACCCAGCGCUGGCUCCAUCCUCCGGCGGCAGCGGGAGGAGGACCCUGCCCUGGCUAAGAGGUCCUUCAGCAGCAUGUCAGACAUCACAGACAGUGUAACGCUCAAGCCCUGGUCCCCUGGCCUGUCCUCGUCCUCGUCCUCCGACAGCGUGUGGCCUUUGGGGAGGCCGGAUGGUCUCCCGGCCAGAGGCCAGGACCAUUUCAACAGGUCUCUGGCUAUCCAUGUGUCUGGCCGGAGCCCCCCUGGGGGACCUGAAUCUCAGGACAGAGGCCCAGAUGGCCUGCCAUUUUCUGGGGACAGCUGGUCUGGGGCUGUAGUGCGGAGGGUGCUCUCUGGGCCAGGGUCUGCCAGAGUGGAACCCAGAGAGCCAAGGGCAGAGGCUGCUGGUCUGGAGGGGGCAGGUCUGGAAAGUGAGCCCCAGCAGAGAACCUUGCUCUUGAACCAGGUGUCCACACUCCCCUUCCUGCUGGACUCCAAGGCUUGCCAGUCCUUCCACGAGGCCCUGGAUGCUUGGGUGAAGGGGCUGGGCGCCGAGCCCUUCUACAUUCGAGCCAACUUCCCUCUGCCCGAACGGGCAGACCCCCAUGCCCUGUGCGUGAGAGCCCAAGAGAUCUUGCGGCUCGUGGACCCGGCGUAUAAGCGGCGGCGGGAGUGGUUCUGCACACGGGUCGACCCCCUCACACUGCGGGACCUGGACCGGGGCACAGUGCCCAAUUACCAGAGAGCCCAGCAGCUUCUGGAAGUUCAGGAGAAGUGCUUGUCUGCCAGCCGGCACCGGGGGUCCCGCAGUAAUCUGAAGAAGCGAGCCCUGGAUCAGCUGCGGCUGGUGAAGCCCAAGCCUGCUGGGCCCGCUGCAGGGGAUCCCCCAGAGCAGCUGCUGCUGGAGCCCUGCUCAGAGCCGGAGUGGAGCCCCAGGCCCUACAGCCUGGUGCGGCCGCUGCUGGUGCCCUCCCUGCGGCCCGUGGUGCUCUUGCCCGAGUGCCUGGCGCCUAGGCUCAUCCGAAACCUGCUAGACCUGCCCAGCUCCCGGCUGGACUUCCAGGUGUGCCCAGCAGAAAGCCUCUCUGGGGAGGAACAGGGCGCACCCUCCGCGCCCGGAGCCCCCAAGGCCCGGCCCGCCACCCCAGGGCUGGGCAGCAGGAUUCGUGCCAUCCAGGAGUCUGUUGGGAAGAAGAAGCACUGCCUGUUGGAGCUGGGCACUCGGGGCGUGCGGGAACUGGUCCAGAACGAGAUUUACCCCAUCGUCAUCCACGUGGAGGUGACCGAGAAGAACGUCCGGGAAGUCAGGAGUCUGCUGGGCCGGCUGGGCUGGCGGGACUCGGAGCUGCUCCGGCAGUGCCGCAGUUCUGAGCAGGCGCUCUGGGGGCUGCCCUGCUCCUGGGUGCAGGUGCCCGCCCACGAGUGGGGCCACUCGGAGGAGCUGGCCAAGGUUGUGCGCGGCCGGAUCCUGCAAGAGCAGGCCCGCCUCGUGUGGGCAGAGUGUGGCAGUGGCCGAGGCUGCGGCAGCAGUGAGGCCUGAGGGGCCCUUUUGGAUGCCUGUGGCUUCCUGAUGCACUUUGGAAGCCACCAGCGGGGACCCUGGUGUCUCUGUGGUGGAGCUGGGUCCUCCCUGUCCUGAGCCUCCUCAGGCCCUUGGGCUUGGCCCUGGGCUCUCACCGAGUGAUCCUGCUGGAGCCCUUGGGCGGAACUUCCACCUGCCUGCCCCAUACUUGCUGCUCUGGGCCUUCCUGUGUGCCCCUGUGUCUCCGUGCCCCCACUCGUGGGUCUGUGUCCCUCCGUCAUUGCUUACUCUGGAGUGUCUGAGUCCUCACUCCUGUGUACAGUUUUAUAUGCCCACCUUCUCACGGGGCAGGUCUCCCGGCUCUCAGCCUGUUCUGCUCACAGGAGCCCCGAGCCCGCCCUUUGGGACUCCCGCCCGUCCAGCUCACAUUUCUUGUAUAUAUGUCCACACGUGGGUGUCGUAGCUGCCCUGGUUACUGUCACCUGUGCCCCUUGUGUCUUGUCAUCACAUACGUCCGUGGUUCUCUCUCCUGUGUAAAUGUCAUGUCCCUCACCCCCGUGAUACUUGGGCACUAACACUCGUGUGUUCCCAGUGAGCACACCCAGGACCAUGUUCUCACAGCGCCCACUCCCUGCCCUGCCCCCCUUUUUGAGGAACAGGUGGGAGGGGCCUGGCUGCUCCGUCACCAGAAUGUACGGCUCGUGGGUUUUUAACGGGCCCCUUUUCACUCAGAAGCUGCACAUUAUGGAACAUUAAACAGUUUGUCAUAGAAGUUGGUGGCCUUGUGCUCGCUUACGUCCCUCGUCUGGGGUCCCUCUUCCCUCCCCUCACUUGUCCCACCCCCAGCAGGC